UGAGAUAUCUUCUAGAAAGUAUAAUUCCUUGAAGGAUGAUACUUUGACUAUAUCUACAACUAUAUCUUCUACUGAAAGUGCUUCUUAUGAUAAUGAUAACAACUUUGAAGAUCUUGAUCGUCUUAUUCAUGAACGACACAUAAAAGUAACUAAUUGCGAAGCCAAUUUCGAAGAUUCAGAACCUGAUCAAAGUAAACUUAAGACUUUGCUUAGUCUUUUAAAAAAUUUAAUCGGUGUUAAAGAUAUUGUCUCCUUGCGAAUUUCACUUCCAUCACAACUUCUCGAACCUAUUGGAAAUUUAGAAUAUUGGAACUACAAUGAUAGGCCCGAUUUUUUAACUUGUAUUGGUGAUUCUGAUGACCCAUUAGAAAGAAUGUUUGCUGCAAUUCGAUGGUGGUAUUCCAAAGACUUGAAAUAUGUUGUAUUUACAUGUCUUAAUGAACAAAUAUGUCAUCACCCACCUAUAUCAGCUUUUCAUUAUAAUUGUGAAGAAGCGGGUGUGUCAGCCUAUGGAAUAGAUCAAAUCGCGGCAAGAUUCACUGGAACUACUGUAAAAAUUGGUCCUGGCGAUCAAAAUAAAGGAAUCUAUAUUAACUUGGCUAAAAGAGACAAUGAAGAAUAUUUAUUAACUCAUCCUGUGGCUUCUGUUCAAGGGUGGCUUAAAGCCUCAUUAUAUAUCACCGUAAGUGAAAGUUGUAUUGUAACAUGCCCAAAAACAAAAUUAAAAGCUAUUUUAGAAUAUAAAGAAGAG